UUCCAAUACUUUUACUCCUUCACAGCAUCCACAGCCUAUAACCUACAAAACGCAAUCUCAAUUCAAUCUCACCCGUAAUCACCUUUUACCAAACCGAAUCCGAAGUCGACAGGGAACUCAUGAUGCGGAAGCAAUCCCUACAGCAACCAACGGUAUUCAAAAGGACGACUUCACCAACGAUAUUUACAUCAAAUUCGAAAUUGGAAUCUAAAUAGAAAGAGAAAGAGAAUGAAGGUGAGUCGAUCGUUGUUCUUCAAUUUGUUUUUCAGAGACUCGAUCUAUCAAUCAAUCAACCAUGGUGGAGGAUUUGGUUUUCGGUACAACAAUAGAAUCAGAAUCCUACGUUACUUCGUCUCCAACUUCAUUCGUACUUCUCAAUUGUCGGAUGCGAAUAUUGUCAAAAAAGGGUACCUACUGUUGGAAUCUCAAUUCCCUCCAUUAUCUCCCACUCACCAUAAUUCCAGGAAAAGCAAAAGGAAUACCAUCAAGAUGUUGGGUUUCUUUUUGUAGUUUAAUAUUAUAAGCUUAUAUAUAUAUACAGCAUAUAUCGAGCUAUGAAUAUGCAGUACAACACAAACACAGUGU